UCCCAGGACCCUGGGAUCAUGACCCAAGCUGAAGGCAGAGGCUUAACCCAGGAGGCCACCCAGGAGCCCCAGUUCUGCUUUUUCUUAGUCUCCUUUGCUUCAUAGAUCCUGAUGCAGCCUGAAAUAACCCCCAAACUACUUGACGAGGGAACAGUCAUCAUCACGUUUUGACUUUUUUGAAAGGCCUGGAACACUGUCAGUUUGUAAUUAUGUAGUCAAAAGACACAGGUGGCCUCUCUCACAUGUGUAACCAAAACUUAAGGAGGUACUGGGAGAUGGCUUAAUGCAAUCCUGCCCGUACCAUCUGCAAUAGAACCAGAAACUGGCAAUCGGUAUGAUUCUGUGUGAUUCUGUAUGUUUCUGACUUAACUCUUGUCACAGUUUGAUAGCAUGCUGUCAACUACAAUAUAUUAAUUGGCACUUAACACUGUCUUAGACACUAGACUCUGGCCUCUGGGAACAAAAAUAAUGUGGAAAAUGCAUUUCAUUGUGGCCUAACAAAUUAAACUCCAUCUCUUAUUUUAAUGCUUUUUUUCAGAAAGCAAAGUCUACUAUACUCUACUAUACUGGAUUUUUAAAAAAGAUUCUUUGGGAUUUUCCACAUGUACUAUUAUAUCUUCAAUAGGGACAUUUAUAUUUCUUAAUUUCCAAGCUGUAGGUCUUUUGUUCUUUUCUUGCCGUGUUACGUUGGCUGUGACUUCCGGUAGAUGUUGAACAGGAGUGGGGAGGCAGACACAGGAGUAUUGGGGGACAGGGGAGUACAUUCAGUAGGUCACUAUUGGGUAUGUUGUAACUGUAGGUUUUUGUAUAUGGCUUUUUUCAGAUAAUAGGAAUUCCCAUCUAUUCCUAGUUUUUUGAGUUUUUUCUUUAUCAUGAAUAAAUAAGUUUUGUCAAAUAUAUUUUCUGUAUGUUGAGAAGAUCAUAUGGGCUUUCGUAUUUAUUCUGUCAAUAUGGUGAAUUGUAUACAUUGAUUUUUUUUUAAACCAGUGUUGCUUUCUUGAAAUAAACCCCAUCAAUUGUGGUGUAUUAUCCUUUGAUAUACUUUUGUAUUUGAUUUGAUAAGAUUUUGUUAAUGAUUUUUGCAUCUAUAUUGAAAGUUAUUUCUAUGUGUUUCUUAUGAUAUAUUUGUCUUAUUUUGGUAUUAGAGUAAUGCUGACCUCAUAAAAUAGAAGGGAUUAUGCUGAAUUACUUUUUUCCUUAAGUAUUUGGUAGAAAUAGCCAGUGAUAUGGCUAACCUGGAGGAGUUGGUUUUGUUAUUAUCAUUGUAAUGGUUUUGCCUAUACAUUAGAUUUCUUUCAUAGAUAUUAAACUAUUGAGGUCAUCUAUUUUUGAGUCAGUGUUCAUAAUUUGUGUCUUUCAGGUAAUUCCAUUUCCUUCCAGAUGUUAAAUUUAUUUCAUAAAUAUGUUCACAGUGUUUCUUUAUUUCCUUUUAACAUCUCUGCAUUGUGCAGUGAUAUCCCUUCUUUUAUUCCUUACAUUGAUAGCUUUUGUCUUCUAUCUUUUUCCCUUGGUCAUUCUCAAUUAAGUUUAAUACACUUUGUUGAUUUUUAUUGUAAUAUCAUCUUAAUACAGUUAUUUGUUAAUACUUUGUUUGGCAUACAUGAGCCUGAUCAUUGAGUUGGUAGAUAAUAGGUAGAUAGAUAUUCCUGAAAUUUAACUAUCAUUGGAAAUAUUUUUAUUUUUGUUUUGUUUAUAUUUAUUUUAUUUUAGUGAUGUUAUAGUUAAUAAGGUACUAAAGCAAAGACCAUAUUGGUUGAAAAUAUGAAUUUCCUAGAAAUUUCUCUGAAGGAAAUAAUUUUAUUUAGUGAGUUAAAAGAACAAAUACAGUCUUUGUCAGAUUAAUAGAAAGAGAAUGUAUGGAAAUAAAACUAUCAGUUAGUAUUGAGGAUUAUGUUAUAAUGCUUUUGAUUUUGUGGAACAAAACUUUAUGUAUAUCAACUUUGUCUGAAAACAUCAGAACUGCUUAUCAGGAGUUCUAGGUGUGGAAAUACAGCAAAUGAGGAAACGCAGAGAUCAAAACAUAAAUUUUCCUCCCCCACACAUUGGUAUAGUCCUUGAUAGUCACAGAAGAGGCAUAAGCUUAAGAAGACUCCAAGCUCCCACAUCCCUGCGGUGGAACAAACCUAGAAUGAACAAAACUUUGGCUUCUGAUAGGAUGCCUGUGGACAUUCCUCCAAACCAAAACCAAAGUACCCUAUUGGGAAAGACAGAAAUAUCUAGUACCCUGAAAUAUCUACUAGGCAAACUGCAGAAAUUCCUGAAGGAGAAUCUAGAAGCACUGGGGGUGGCUCAGAUUAUGAUUGGUGUGAAAUGCUUCUUUUAUGGGAUAAUUGGAUUUCUUCCUCCUAAUUCUGAAAUGCACAGAAUCAUUUUCUUCUCAAUUUACACAGGCUUCUCCUUCUGGGGGGCAUUGUCUUUUAUCGUUUCUGGAAUUCUGACUGUUGUGUCUGCCAAGAAGCAAACAAAAUCACUGCUGAGAGGGAAUCUAGGUGCUAACACUCUUAGCACCUUGGUCUCCUUUGUUGGGAUCUGUAUUCUGUCACUCAAUUUAACAAAAAAUGGCCACUAUGAUUGCAAGAAGGAAACUCUCUGUUUGGGCAUCAAACCAGUUGCAACUGAACUUGUGAUUGUCCUAAUUAUCCUAACUUGUCUGCAAAUUUUAAUUUCACUUCCUCUCUCCAUGCUCAACUAUAAUGUGAAUGACAAGGAUAUUCACUGGAUCUCUAUAUUGUUUCGCCGGAAAACACCUUCUGAAAGUAUUUACGAAGAAGUGUUCCCUCAAACUUCAAUCAAUCAAGAACUUCAAUGUAAGAAAGAAACAACUUCACGUUAUCCUGCAGAUACUAACAAACAAACAUGAGGCUGCAUUUUUGUAUUCUGGAACCACAGUAAUAGCAAGAAGCUCAUACUGGGACCACUGAGGCAGAAAUACACACAUGUGAGGCUACAACUGUGUGGGUCAGAGUCAUAAAGAUAGCAACUGGCAUUUAUAAUAAUAAGAAUUUGGUUGUCACCA